CGGCGAUGUGCGUCUUUCAGGCGACGCUGCCAGCGUGACGUAUAAUUUAGUGGACGGUUCUUCAUAAACAUCUCGUCAACCACCUCGGUAGCUUGCUAGCCAACAUAGCCGAAAGAUUCAAGCUAUUUAUACGCUUUUGGUCUAUAUUAGCUAUUGUGUUCUAAACACACUGCUGUCGUAUCUACUUGUUAACCUAUUUAAUGUAAUACUUGCGUUGUUUUUAUUAGUCAGCUAUAGUAGCUGGCUGGUUAAGUUAGCACUAGCCUAGUCGCUAAUGAUAGCUAGCUAGCUAACAUCCCCGACCAUGAGCUCCCUAAACUACUCCCCUCCUGUUAAAGAAGAGGCUGUCUGCUGGACGGAGAAAGAAGCUCUGGGGCUGAACAUUGUCGUGAAAGAGGAGAAGGAAGAAGAGGAUGUCACAGUAAAACAAGAAGUAGAGAGAGAGGCUGUUACGGUGAAAGAAGAGGAAGACACGUUCAGAGUAAAAGAGGAGGGGGAGUAUGUUAUGGUGAAAGAAGAGGAGGAGGAUAAAGAUGUCGUUUUUGGAGUGAAGAAGGAAGGAGAGAUUACUGUCACAUUGGAAGAUGAAGAGGAGGAGAUAGAAGAUCUGAAUAACACCAGAGAAAGAGCAGACUCUCAAUAUGACAGCAGGAAGAGUCCUUCAGGGGAACCAGACCCAGAGACGCCCCAACCAGCGAGACAACACCACUGCUCCCACUGUGAAAAGAGUUUUCGCUGGUUAGGGAACCUAAAACGCCAUGAGAGGACUCACACAGGAGAAAAGCCAUACCACUGCUUCCAAUGUGAAAAGAGAUUUUCCGGAUCAGGGGACUUAAAAGCUCACGAGAGAACACACACAGGAGAAAAGCCUUUCCAAUGUUCCCAGUGUGGAAAGAGUUUUAUUCAGUUAGGAAGCCUGAAGGAGCAUGAGUGGACGCACACAGGAGAAAAGCCUUAUCACUGUUCCCAGUGUGGAAAGAGUUUUACUGUGUUAAAUAACCUGAAACGGCAUGAGAGAAUACACACAGGAGAAAAGCCAUUCCAGUGUUCCCAUUGUGGAAAGAGUUUUAUUCAGAGAGGGCACCUACAAGAGCAUGAGAGAAUGCACACAGGAGAAAAGCCUUACCACUGCUCCCAGUGUAAAAAUAGGUUUUCACGAGUAGGGGACCUAAAAGCUCAUGAGAGGACACACACAGGAUUAAAGCCUUACCACUGCUUCUUAUGUGAAAAKAGAUUUUCCCGAUCAGGGGACCUAAAAGCUCAUGAGAGGAUCCACACAGGAGAAAAGCCUUUCCAAUGUUCCCAGUGUGGAAAGAGUUUUACCCUGUUAGCUAACCUGAGAAGGCAUGAGAGAAUACACACAGGAGCAAAGCCUCAUCACUGUUCCCACUGUGGAAUGAGUUUUAUUCAGUUAGCAAGCCUGAAGGCACAUGAGUGGACACACACAGAAGAAAAGCCUUUCCAGUGUUCCCAGUGUASAAAGAUUUUUACCCUGUUAGCUAACCUGAAAAGGCAUGAGAGAAUACACACAGGAGAAAAGCCUUACCACUGCUUUCAGUGUGAAAAGAGAUUUUCCCGAUCAGGGGACCUAAAAGCUCAUGAGUGGACACACACAGGAGAAGAACCUUUCCAUUGUUCCCAGUGUAGAAAGCGUUUUACUGUGUUAGCUAACCUGAAAAGGCAUGAGAGAAUACACACAGGAGAAAAGCCUCAUCACUGUUCCCACUGUGGAAUGAGUUUUAUUCAGUCAAGGAGCCUGAAGGAGCAUGAGUGGACACACACAGGAGAAAAGCCUUUCCAAUGUUCCCAGUGUGGAAAGAGUUUUAUUGUGUUAAGUAACCUAAAAAGGCAUGAGAGAAUACACACAGGAGAAAAGCCAUUCCAAUGUUCCCAUUGUGGAAACAGUUUUACUCAGAGAGGGCACCUAAAAGAGCAUGAGAGAAUACACACAGGAGAAAAGCCUUACCACUGCUCCCAGUGUAAAAAUAGGUUUUCCCGAGUAGGGGACCUAAAAGCUCAUGAGAGGACACACACGGGAGAAAAGCCUUUCCAAUGUUGCCAGUGUAGAAAGAGUUUUACUGUGUUAGCUACUCUGAAAAGGCAUGAGAAAAUACACACAGAAGAAAAGCCGGGCACCGAAGACGUGGAUGUCGAUUAAGGCAGUCCCCCGCACCUCUCUGAUUCAGAGUGGUUGGGUUA